CAGUGUGCAUUAUUUGGAAAUUCGGACUGGGAGCUCUGAGUGGCAUCACUAUAUGCAGCAAUUUCCGCCAAGCAGAAUACGGUCCUACGAAUACAAGUUCGAGUGAAAAACAGCAAAAUGUACGCACUCUCCAGCUCGCUGAUCCGAUCGCCGGCGCUGCGCCAGGGCCUCCAGAUGGCCGCUGCCAGCCGCCCGGUUUCGCUUAAGGUGGUGUCCGUCGCUGAUACCCAAAAGGAUGAAUCGUUCUUUGAGAAGAACGAGCGGUUGGGCAGGAAGCUGUCGCCCCAUCUGACCAUCUACCAACCGCAACUUACCUCUAUGCUGUCGAUCUGUCAUCGCGGCACAGGAUUAGCCUUGGGCGUUGGCGUUUGGGGCCUGGGACUGGGUGCCUUGAUCUCCUCCCACGACAUCAGCCACUAUGUGACCAUGGUGGAGGGUCUCCAGUUAAGUGGCGCCACUUUGACCGCCCUUAAGUUCAUCAUCGCCUAUCCGGCUGGAUACCACACCGCUAAUGGAAUCAGGCAUUUGUUGUGGGACACUGGGCGAUUCUUGAAGAUCAAGGAGGUCUACUCGACCGGUUACGCAAUGGUCGCCACAUCGUUCGUGCUGACCGCUAUUUUGGCCCUGCUCUAAGCCAAAAAUCCAACGUAUUGAUGGCUUUACCUAUUAAAUUGUAGUGCGAACAUGAUGUGAAAAUUGUUAUAUACUGAAUACAUGUAGUGUGUAUAUUUAUAAUGCUA